CUCUUCUCAACCUCCCCUUUUACUUUUGCCUCCUUUCCUCUUCUAUUUCUUCUUAUUCCCCUCCUCCCCUUUCCUUCCGGAGACAGAGAGAGAAGGGUCUUAUUGUUGAUGGUUUUCUGCUAAAAUGGCGGUGGAGCUAAUGGGUUACAGGAGCGAUGCCUUUGCUGCAACAAGAACAGAGGAGAAUGCAGUGGAAGAAGCUGCUUCUGCGGGUCUACAAAGCGUUGAGAAGCUCAUAAAGUUAUUGUCUCAGAGGCAGCAACAACAGCAGCAGCUAGAGCAGUCACAUGCCAUUGAGAUUGAUAUGGAUUGCAGGGAGGUCGCAGAUGUAGCUGUAAACAAGUUCAAGAAAGUGAUUUCGUUGCUGGGUCGGACCAGAACGGGUCAUGCUCGCUUCAGAAGGGCUCCCAUGGUGGCUUCUCUUCCCCAAAACAACCCUACCACCUACGAAUCCCAUGCCUUGCCCCAUCAGCAUCAGCAUCAACAGCAACAGCAACAGCAACAGCAACAACAACAACACCACCAGCAGGAGGAGGUGAAAGAGAAACAAUCAUCUGGGUCUAAGGUUUAUUGUCCGACGCCGAUCCAACGGCUUCCACCUCUUCCUGUUCCUCAUCAUAGUCAACAUCACCAUUACUUCCAACCCAACAACAAUCCUAACCUUCAGAUGCCAAAGAACGGUGUUCUUGAGAGAAAGGAAUCGACGACGACCAUUAGUUUCAGUGCUUCUCCAUCUAUCUCCGCCGCGACUUCUUUCAUAUCUUCAUUGACCGGCGAUACGGAUAGUAAGCAGCCUUCCUCAUCCUCGACGUUUCAGAUUACGCACCUCUCUCAGGUUUCCUCGGCUGGUCGGCCUCCUCUGUCUUCUUCUUCGUUGAAGAGGAAGUGCAGCUCAUCGGACGACGCCGCCGGUGCUAAAUGUGGAGGCUCUUCCGGGCGAUGCCAUUGCUCGAAACGAAGAAAAUCGAGGGUGAAGAGGGUGGUCAGAGUCCCUGCAAUCAGCUUGAAGAUGGCCGAUAUCCCACCCGACGAUUAUUCAUGGAGGAAAUACGGGCAGAAACCAAUUAAAGGAUCCCCACAUCCAAGGGGUUACUACAAGUGCAGUAGCGUGAGGGGUUGCCCUGCUCGAAAGCACGUGGAGCGAGCUUUGGACGAUCCGUCUAUGCUGAUCGUCACCUACGAAGGCGAGCACAAUCAUGCCCAAGUUACAGAGCCAACCAGUCUCAUUCUAGAGUCUUCUUAAGUUCUCCCCUUAUUAGUUUCAUCAUUAAAACAGAGAAGUUAAGAAACCCAGAUUAGAAAAAGAAAGGAAAGACUGGAAGGCAGAACUGGGAGAAAGAAAGAAAACCCUAAUUUGAGCAAGCGAGGAAAGGUCAAAGAGAAGGGAGGGGUCCAUGGAGCAGAGCCCAAUGGAAUGCUGACGUGAAAAGGGAAGGAUCCAAAGCUGAAAGCUCCAAGUCCAAGGAGGAGGAGAAGACUAAUUGGGUUUGUUCGUUCCCUGUCCAAUACAGGAUUCCUUUUUUUUUUUUUUUUUUUUUUUUAACCUUUUCUUAUAAGUGUUAUUUAAUCUUUAAAGUUGAAACUUGAAACUUAGAAAAAGAAAGAAAAUGAGAAAAAAAUUGGGCAAAUUGUGGAUUUGGUGAAAAGUGAAAAGUGAAAAGGAUGAAAAUUGAAAGUGGGUUGGGUUUCCUACUUUGGCCUUUUAA